CGCCCAACCCCUCAAGCAGCCAAGGCGCCUCCCUUCCUAAUCCUACCUCGAUCGCCUCCUCCCUCUCGACUCGAUCGCCAUGGUUGUCAACAACAAGGUGGACAGCCUCUCCUACGACGUCGAGGCGCCACCGGCGCAGGCGCCGACGACCCCGGCGGUGGUCUCCGCGCCGCCGACGCCGCGGGGCGAGGCGCCGGCGAUGACGACGACGGCGGCGGCGGAGCUGCACAAGGUGUCGGUGCCGGAGAGGAGGUCGACGGCGAAGGCGCUGAGGCAGCGGCUGGCGGAGGUGUUCUUCCCCGACGACCCGCUCCACCAGUUCAAGAACCAGUCGUCCGCGCGGCGGCUGGUGCUCGCGCUGCAGUACUUCUUCCCCAUCUUCCAUUGGGGCUCCGACUACAGCCUCCGCCUCCUCCGCUCCGACGUCGUCUCCGGCCUCACCAUUGCCAGCCUCGCCAUCCCGCAGGGAAUCAGCUACGCCAAGCUCGCCAACCUGCCUCCAAUCAUUGGACUAUAUUCGAGCUUCGUGCCGCCGCUGAUCUACUCGUUGUUGGGUAGCUCGCGGGAUCUGGCUGUAGGGCCGGUGUCGAUAGCGUCGCUGGUGAUGGGGUCGAUGCUCCGGCAGGCGGUGUCGCCGGACCAGGAGCCCAUCCUCUACCUCCAGCUCGCCUUCACCUCCACCUUCUUCGCCGGCGUCUUCCAAGCCUCCCUCGGCUUCCUCCGGCUGGGGUUCAUCGUGGAUUUCUUGUCGAAGGCGACGCUGACGGGAUUCAUGGGCGGCGCGGCGAUCAUCGUGUCGCUGCAGCAGCUCAAGGGAUUGCUCGGGAUCAUCCAUUUCACGUCGCAGAUGGGGUUCGUCCAGGUGAUGCACUCCGUCUUCAAGCACCACGACGAGUGGGCGUGGCAGACCAUCCUCAUGGGCGUCGCCUUCCUCGCCGUCCUCCUCACCACACGCCACAUCAGCGCCAGGAACCCAAAGCUUUUCUGGGUGUCAGCAGCUGCUCCACUGACAUCAGUGAUCAUCUCUACCAUCAUCUCGUUCGUCAGCAAAGCUCAUGGCAUCAGUGUUAUUGGCGAUCUCCCCAAGGGAUUGAACCCUCCUUCAGCGAAUAUGCUGACCUUCAGUGGCUCCUACGUAGGACUGGCCUUAAACACAGGAAUUAUGACUGGCAUACUAUCUCUCACUGAAGGGAUAGCAGUAGGCAGGACAUUUGCAUCCAUCAACAACUACCAGGUUGAUGGAAACAAGGAGAUGAUGGCCAUUGGUGUCAUGAACAUGGCUGGCUCAUGUGCCUCCUGCUAUGUCACCACAGGAUCGUUCUCGAGGUCGGCGGUGAACUACAGCGCGGGGUGCAAGACGGCGGUGUCGAACAUCGUGAUGGCGUCGGCGGUGCUGGUGACGCUGCUGUUCCUGAUGCCGCUGUUCCACUACACCCCCAACGUGAUCCUCUCGGCGAUCAUCAUCACCGCCGUGAUCGGCCUCAUCGACGUCCGGGGCGCCGCCAGGCUGUGGAAGGUCGACAAGCUCGACUUCCUCGCCUGCAUGGCCGCCUUCCUCGGCGUCCUCCUCGUCUCCGUCCAGAUGGGCCUCGCCAUCGCCGUCGGCAUCUCCCUCUUCAAGAUCCUCCUCCAGGUCACCCGCCCAAACAUGGUGGUCAAGGGCGUCGUCCCCGGCACGGCGAGCUACCGGAGCAUGGCGCAGUACAGGGAGGCCAUGCGUGUGCCGUCCUUCCUCGUCGUCGGCGUCGAGUCCGCCAUCUACUUCGCCAACUCCAUGUACCUCGGCGAGAGGAUCAUGAGGUUUCUCCGGGAGGAAGACGAGCGGGCCGCCAAGUGCAACCAGUGCCCUGUCAGAUGCAUCAUCCUCGACAUGAGUGCUGUUGCAGCGAUCGACACGAGUGGCCUCGAUGCACUUGCAGAGCUGAAGAAGGUGCUGGAAAAAAGAAACAUCGAGCUUGUGCUGGCCAACCCGGUUGGAUCGGUGACCGAGAGGCUGUACAACUCGGUGGUCGGCAAGACGUUCGGCUCAGACCGCGUGUUCUUCAGCGUCGCCGAGGCCGUCGCGGCGGCGCCGCACAAAACACAGCCCUGACAAGAGCAGAGAUGUGCUUUGCUACCAGUAGAUCCAGCAGAAGCAGAAGUACUCUCUGACCAGCAGAAGCACAGUAGAACAAGGUGCUUCUCGGAGGAGGCUAAUUAAAAUUAAGAAUCUUAAGAUAGAAGCGUAGAACAAGAAGAAGAAGAAGAAGAAGAAGAAGAAGAAGAAGAAGAAGAAGAAGAAGAAGGUGGUAAAAAACAAGUCUAUGGGCUGUUAAUUUGUUCGCGUGUUGUGUUUAAUUAGGGGGGAUUAUGGUAGUGCAGAUGGGAAAUAACUCCGGGUGCUGAUCUCUUCUGAUCGAGUUGGAAGAGUUUUUGAAGCAUGUAACCAGAAUGCGUGGCGUGUAUGGUGUAGCUUGUGAUUUGGUAGUUGUUGCAAAGUAAUCCUUAAUGGAAUCGGGUUUUGAUCUAAGCCCACUCAAUUGAUUAUUUA